AUGGCCCAAAAACGCGGAUUUAGUUCGAUUGAGGUUGAAAAACUGGAAUCAGAGCCCUCUGUGGCCGUGGGGGCCUUCUUCAAGGGCAUCCAAGUUCCUAAGAAGACAAAGUUUGAGCUUUUCCAUUCAAAAAAUGAGGCUGACAGUUUUCUUAUUCAUGGGGAAAACGAACGGGUGGAGUACGCUGGGAGUACCGACGUGAACUCCAACGAAAGUAGCCAGUAUUUGGUGGGCAUCUAUGAUCCUUCCACAAGAAGGAUCCAACUGCAUAAGGCCCCCGUUUUGACUGCCAAAGUGGCACCUAAAGCAACCAAAGAUUUGUCGGGUCCCGAUAUCAAACAAACAGAUCUGCGUGCCGGGGCUCUGAGGAAUGCUUUGGGUGAAGCGUUCGGUACCAAGAAGGCGAAAAAAGCGAUUGCAGACAUCGAACGCAACAGAAUCGACCCCGACAAGCUGGUAGAUUCUGCGGUUGAUAUCGUGGACUCUGUUAAGACCGCAUCGAAGGACUUGCCCUCGAGAGAAGAGCUCCAGCAAGUGUCUGAACAGGACAGAACCACACCAGAGGCAAACGUGGGUGCCACAGAUGUGGAGCAAAUCUAUCCGAUCCACAAUAUAAUACCGAAAAAGGAGUGGCAGUACAUUCGCGUCGGGGCUGUUCUGAAAGAAACGGACGAAGCCGCGAGACUCGAGCUCUUCCCUUACACCAAAUCUCCUUAUGUUGCUAAGAAGCUGGCGACACUAACACAGGCCCAACAGAUGACUAAAUUGCAGCUUUUGUAUUAUGUGUCCUUGCUCCUGGGAGUUUUUGAGAACAAGCGAGUUAGUGACAAAGUCAAGUUGUUAGAGAACUUGAAUGCCCCUCCCGAAAUGCUGGUUGACGGCAUUUUGGAAAGAUUCACAAUAAACAGGGCCGGUCAAUAUGGGCGUUCCAGGGAUCGCGGUUUCUUUAUCGACCCACAAAGAGAAGAUAAACUACUGUGCUUUAUCCUAGCCAUCAUUUUGCAUUUGGACAAUUUCAUUGUCGAGAUUUCACCCCUCGCACAGGAGUUGGGACUCAAACCAUCAAAGAUCGUCAGUCUGUUCAAAAACCUUGGGGCUAUUGUUAAAGGUGCGACCGUUUCCCAAGCAGAAGCAUUUGGAAUUCCAAAAAGUGCCGCCUCUACUUACAAGAUAGCUACGAUGAAGGUCCCUUUCAAACUCCCAGAAACUGGCAGAAGAGUCAGACGUGGUGGACGUUAA